UCAAGCUUCAGACUUUGGCAAUGGCGGAGGCCAAUAAAAGAAGCGCCUGUGCUCCCUCUCUCUCCCCACUCCAUCUUGAUCUAUGGCGUAGAAGCGAUUGCUUGUGAGCUUUGCGUGCUGGACUACUCAACGGGUUCGCGGUUUCCUUGCCCUCGUUCGCCUACUUCUGUGCCGUUGAUUGAGGAGACUGGAUUGUGGGAGAGCAACAGGUGAAGCUGGGGAAGGCGGCGGAGCUGCUGGCGAUCAUUGAUUGCAUCAAUGAGGUCACCGCAGCCAUCUCGGCGGCGUCGGCGAGGAUGAGCAACCGGGUGGAAACAACGCCGCGGCUCGCCCAGUGGAGGAUCGACUCCCUCUCCCCUUUCUCCUAUCGCAAGUCCGAUCCCUUCAAGAUAGGCCUCUGGAACUGGUACCUUGUAGUUGCGAAGAACAAGCAACUUUUUGUAAAGCUAUAUCCUGAGGGUUCAAGCUUGACAAGGGAGAAACCACCUAUUGCUUCAUUAACCAUCAAAAUUGUUUCCCUAUCCGUGCCAAAUCGCAACACCCUGAUCCAUCCAGGGAUUUCUGAUAAGCUUCUAAAGACCAGUGACGACUGUAUAUGGGCCGUUGACACCUUGUUUACAGGUAGAUUCAUCAUCGACGUUGAGUUCCUUGAUCUAAAGAUCAUCCCUCCAUCAGGUGGUGAGCCUGCCUCCAUCUGGACCAGUUACCAGGUUGCGAAGCACACUGAAGCUGUCGCCCUCAACUCACUCGGAAGGAUGCUAACGCAGGGCAUCCACACUGAUAUCACAAUCAAUGUCGCUGACGGUAGCAUAGGUGCACACAGAGCUAUCCUCGCCACAAGAUCCCCCGUUUUCCGCAGCAUGUUCUAUCACGACCUCAGGGAGAAAGAACUUUCCACUAUCAACAUCUCUGACAUGUCCUUUGAUGCUUGCCAAGCAUUCCUCAACUACAUCUACGGCAACAUCCAGGCUGAAGAGUUCAUGAUCCACCGCAUUGCGCUCCUCCAAGCUGCCAACAAGUAUGAUAUCUCUGACCUAAAGGAGGCGUGCCACGAGAGCCUGGUAGAAGACAUUGAUACUGGGAAUGUCCUUGAGAGGUUCCAAGUUGCCCAUCUCCACCAAUUGCCCAAGCUAAAGAGCAGCUGCAUCCGAUACCUGGUGAAUUUCGGCAAAAUCUAUGAGAUCCUCAAAGAUUUCAAUGAAUUUAUGCAGAGCGCUGACAGAGAACUGAUAGCGGAACUGUUUCAGGAGCUUCUUGCUGUCUGGAAGGGUUUAUGAAUUGCUGAAACCUUUAGUGAGUGAAGCCAAAAUGGUUCUCAAUGGUGUGAUUAGUAUGCGUGAGUGAUUCUUUUUAUUUGGAUCUCAUUGUAUUGUGUACAAAAGGGGUUGCUGAAAAUGCUGUAUAGAAAUUUACUAUGAUGAACUGUAUAGAUUCCUUGGAUAAAAAAAAACAGAUGUAUAUUUUGAUUUGAGCAAGUAAAAUGAGCAAGAACUAUCAUAUGAGCA